AUGUCAAUCUCGCCUCAUAAAUACAUUGAUAGUAAAUGGAACAUCAUCCCAUCGACGGAUAUUACGCUUGGGAAGGAUCCGAAAUUUCCCAAUUCUUUGUCAAACUGGGUCAUCACUUACGGUCCGAUUCCUCAUGUGUUGCCGAGCUCCUAUCUCCUGUCUGAAUCCCUCCGAAAACACCAAAAAGUGCACAACUACUUUGUUGACGACGAUGAUAUGUACUGGACUAGACAUUUGAUAGAGAAUCUCCCGGAAUUCACAUGGGAGACACAUGUUGGUUUGUUUCACAAUCUCGCCGAGUUUACAAACAUGAUUUAUAAGUACUCUGACGGAACCAAGAAGAGGCUAUACAUGCGAACGAUUCCAUUUUUGCCACUUGGAGAUGAAGAAGUCAAAGAAUCCCGUGUAUUCGUUGACGAAGUGGCAAUUAUGAUCCCGCUUCUGAAAGAGCAGCAAGAUGAUCCGUUUGAAAACCCAGAGCGUCAACACUUUGAAAUCUUCCAAAGACUAAACUCGAAUGAACCUGGUAAUAUUGGUACUAUUCCACUCUCAAAGCUUGAAGAAUUGCUCACAGAGUUUGAUAUCAAUAAGUCUCUGUUAACGCUUGUUGACGACCCAGCUCACAUCAUUGGAUUGAAGUCAAUGGCAUGGACAGGCGUCCCUUUCAAAGUUCUCAGCGCUCGUGGAGAUCAAAUGAUCAACAAAAAUGAAGCUACGCUGUACAUCUUCCAGUCUCUCGUCUGUGGUGUUGUUUGGGAAGACGUUUCAUUUCAAGAGAAGUUGAAAGUAGUCAAUGCAAUUCAUUCGUAUGCCAUCCUAGGCGAAGGAACUUACACACCAUUUGACAAGGUUGUGUCCACUAUAGUCCGUGUCAAGCAAUCACUUUCUGAAAUCUAUCAAAACAGAAGAUCGAAAUUUGACGUGAUGUAUCAUAAACAAUCCCCAAACGAAUUGAUCAGUCACGAGGAAUACGAAGAACUUGCCGUAGCCUUUGACUUACCUCUUUACAAACUUGCCAACAUGAAACUUGUCGCCUUGCCCGUCUGGUUCCUUAGAGUAUUGCUGGUUCUUGGAUGGCUCCAUAGCUUUGUUCAAGGAUCUAGCCGUAUGAAAAUGUACAUCACCAUAUUUUCAAGAGUCAUUACAACUGGACUGAUGCCUGCCGUUCCAGCGUUUGAUAGGCAGUUCGUCAAAGAUAUCACGAAAGAAGCUGUCGGCUACAUGAAAAACCCACUUGCAUCGGAAUCGGGUCAAACCAAGUCAUCGACUCUUUGUGCUCAGCGUGAUAUGCAAAAAUCGUCGUUGGAGUCUAUUCAGGAGCAAGAAGGAAGCACAGAGUCGUCGACGAAAAAUUCGAAGGAACGUUGUGCUUCGAACCACAAGAAACCUUCCGACAAACUUGGAUCAUAG